UUUUUGCGUGUCUCGCUUACUGUCCUCGGUUCGGUUUAGUUCUCUUUUCUCCGGAUAAAAUCAAAUUCAAUAACCGAUCGCCAAACGAUCCCCUACUUGGUCGUCACAUAAACAACGUCGCUCGAAAGCCGACGGCUGCAUCACCAUCCCCUCUCCGGAAAACCCAGGAAACCCCGGAUCCAAAGUGUAGCCCCCCUUCGCAAAAGAAGAAGAAGAACAACAACAUUAGUGGAGAGGUGAAACAAAGGAGACUCGCACUAAAAACAAUUAAUUUGGCAAAUUGUGGGCUCCACAACGUCGAUAAAUCACGUGAUUGUGCAGUUCGUAUAGACCCAGACCAGAGCACUCAGCUAUUUGCAGCGUAUCCUGCUUGGAUUUCAGGCUUUACAUAACAUCCAAGGCGGGCCAUUCGAAGGAGAAGCGGAAAAGGAUUGCGUACUCGGGAGUUGCAGUAGGUGGCGUAAGAAAGCCAGGAGCCAAGAACAACGCCAAUACGGUUUACAUAAGGGGGUCAGGAUACUAAGGAAAUCCCCAGAUAACCCUCUACUUCCACCAUGAACAACCUGGCAGACACUGUGGUAGUUGAUCCUGGAUUCGGUGGCGGGGACAAGCAGCAGCAGGCAGGACCGGCGCCCCAGGAUGCCAGCGUGGUGGUUCCACCGCCGGCCACCAAGCAAUCCUCGGCUCUGAAGAAGACCAGUCGCUACAGGAGCCGCUCGCUUAGUGCCUCCUCAACGGAUUCCUUCAGCUCCGCUAGCUACACGGGCAGCAGCGAGGAUGGCGACGACGUGCCGCCCAGGGAAAAGGUCCAAAAGAACUCCAGAGGCAGCUCCGACUUUUGUGUAAGGAACAUAGCCGCCCAGCAUGCAUUUGGACGGCGGGAGAUCGAGAUCGCGGAGCAGGAGAUGCCGGGCAUCAUAGCGCUAAAGAAGCGGGCAGCCGAGGACAAGCCGCUGAAGGAUGCCAAGAUCGUGGGAUGCACACACAUCAACGCCCAGACUGCGGUGCUCAUCGAGACGCUGGUGGAACUCGGCGCCAGUGUGCGUUGGGCCGCCUGCAACAUUUACUCCACGCAGAACGAAGUGGCCGCUGCUUUGGCAGAAUCCGGAAUCCCGAUCUUCGCAUGGCGCGGCGAGACGGAGGAGGACUUUUGGUGGUGCAUCGAUCGCUGCGUGAACGCAGAGAACUGGCAGCCAAACAUGAUCCUGGACGAUGGCGGCGAUGCCACGCACCUGAUGCUGAAAAAGUACCCGACCAUGUUCAAGUUGGUCAAGGGAAUCGUGGAGGAAAGCGUCACCGGAGUGCACAGACUCUAUCAGCUCUCUAAGGCCGGCAAGCUCACGGUGCCAGCAAUGAAUGUAAACGAUUCGGUGACAAAGACCAAGUUCGACAACCUGUACAGCUGUAAGGAAUCCAUCCUAGACAGUCUCAAGCGUUCCACGGAUGUGAUGUUCGGUGGCAAGCAGGUCGUGGUCUGUGGCUACGGCGAUGUGGGCAAGGGAUGUGCUCAGGCUCUAAAGGGACAGGGCUGCAUUGUGUACAUCACGGAGAUCGAUCCCAUUUGCGCACUGCAGGCCAGUAUGGAUGGAUUCCGUGUGGUCAAGCUGAACGAGGUGAUUCGCAACGUGGACAUUGUGGUGACGGCGACAGGCAACAAGAACGUGGUGGUGCGCGAGCACAUGGACAAGAUGAAGAGUGGCUGCAUCGUGUGCAAUAUGGGACACUCGAACACGGAAAUCGAUGUGAAUGGUCUGCGCACACCGGACUUGACCUGGGAGAAGGUGCGCUCCCAGGUGGACCACAUUAUCUGGCCGGAGGGCAAGUACAUCAUACUGCUGGCCGAGGGCAGACUGGUUAACCUGAGCUGCUCCAGCAUCCCCUCGUUCGCCGUGUCCAUCACCUCGGCCACCCAGGCCUUGGCCCUGAUUGAGCUUUUCAAUGCCCCGCCCGGACGCUACAAGUCGGAUGUCUACUUGCUGCCCAAGAAGAUGGACGAAUAUGUUGCCAGCCUGCACUUGCCCACCUUCGAUGCCCAUUUGACAGAGCUGAGCGACGAGCAGGCCAAGUACAUGGGCCUGAACAAGGCCGGUCCUUUCAAGCCCAACUACUACCGCUACUAGGAAGAAAUAUGGGCGGAUGCGGACAAUAACACCAGCAAUUAGAAGAAACAACGCCAACGAAAGUAUUGUCUUUGCGAAGAAGUAAAACUAUUUAAAACAAUUGUUGACACACACACGGAAAACACAAAAGGAUACGGAAAGGAGAACACAAAGUUACUAUUACCAUUGUAUUGAUUAGUUUAGCUCGAGCGGAAUUCUUUGUUGCUUUUUGUUAGCAUUUAAAGUCUUCGACAUAGUAUUUAGCACUCGCUUUAGCCGCAGGAGUAUUCCCUCCGUUUACUUAUCAACCAUGACUCUUUGAUCCCCAAACUAAUCUUGCCCCAAGAAUUUAUCCCAUUCAACAGUUUGUGUAGCCGGUUACUUGAAUUUAUUUUAGAUAUUUCGAAUGCCUGUUAAUCAGACUGCUAUAGCUCAAAAGACGCGAUUAGUACUCUAAACGUAUAUUUCUAAUUUGGAAUUGAUAAUAUUUGUAAUUGAUAUACAAGCUGAGACAUAAUGGUAUAUUUGCAUGAUAUUUAUAAACCUAUUUCGUGUAAAAUCGAUGUAAAUUGUAAUGUAAACGACUUUCCUGACUAAUUCCUUUUUUGAGCUACGACAGCUGUGCAAUUAGUGAUCGAUUUAACCUCUCGUAUUGUUUACGUACUUAAUUUGUUAAUGUUUAUGCCCCCGCUUUUGAUUAUGGCAUUUUUGUACUUUCGUUUCGUCCCGAGAGCGUUGAUGGAAAUGCAGUGCAAAGUAUUCCAUUUAUUCAAUUAUAUACACGCUGGCAUAUAUAUCAGAUCGAGAAUUAUAUAUAUAUAUAUACACUGCAUAUACACCUAAUAUGUAUAUUAGAAAAAGUGAAAAAUGUUUGUAAGAAAUUUGUGAGAAACGCAAAACAAUAAAAAAAAG